GCGGGCCAUUUUCUGCACUCUGCAAAUCCCUCACAAAUCUGAGCAAGUUGUCUGGGGAGUUGGUUGGGGGGAACCAGAAUCAAGGAGGGUUCAGGUAUGAGGUCCGCCGACAACCAGGGGCUCUGGGAGGAUGAACGACAGCCGGACAAUGUAGGGGCAUCCACCUCUCCAAGUUCGGCCCAGGGCAGGUGGUAGCGAAACGGAUGCGGAGGAUGGAAGAAAAUAGAGUGUCCAGGCCUCAGGAAUGGCGAUGCCCUAAGGCCGGCGUGGCGGUGACAGUGAGAUUCCCGUCGUAGCCCCCGCGUAUGCGGUUACCAAGGUUACCAAGGCAACUGGGCGGCACCAGCGCGAGCUGGAAGGCGGCGUACGUCGAAUUUUUGUAGGCUAGCCUGGGAGACUUGAGGAGUCGCUUUCCCUGAGCUUCCAGUCCCAGAGACCACGGCCUCUGCUCCAGGCGGUAACCCUUACCCUGGGGGCCAUGGGUCGGAUCUCGGGACUCGUGCCCUCUCGCUUUCUGACGCUCCUGGCGCAUUUGGUGGUCGUCAUCACCUUAUUUUGGUCGCGGGACAGCAACAUCCAGGCCUGCCUGCCUCUCAAGUUCACCCCCGAGGAGUAUGAAAAGCAGGACAUGCAGCUGGUGGCAGCGCUCUCUGUCACCCUGGCCCUCUUUGCAGUGGAGCUGGCCGGUUUCUUCUCAGGAGUUUCCAUGUUCAACAGCACCCAGAGCCUCAUCUCCAUUGGGGCUCACUGUAGUGCAUCUGUGGCCCUAUCCUUCUUCAUAUUUGAGCGUUGGGAGUGCACCACGUACUGGUACAUUUUUGUCUUCUGCAGUGCCAUCCCAGCCAUCACCGAAAUAGCAUUAUUCAUCAGCGUCUUUGGGCUGAAAAAGAAACCUUUCUGAUACCUUCGUGACUGGAAGUAGGGAUGAAGGCUGGAGAAGCGAGGGACCACUCACCGUUCCUGGAAGAAGGAAACCAUAGGCUUCAACUCUCCCCCUAAAACUGCAUUUGGUGGAGGAUGUCAGUGUUAGUGUUAGGGUAAUUGUCUCUCGAGUCUGGAGUUAUGAGUUUUGCUUACAGUUCUUUGUAAAAAAAUAUAUUUUAGGGUAAGAUCAAGACUUAUAGGAAUUCCCUGGCGGUACAGUGGUUAGGACUCCGCGCUUCCACUGUAGGGGGCGCGGGUUCGAUCCCUGGUCGGGGAACUAAGAUCCCGCAUGCCGCGCAGAGUGACCAAAAAAAAAGAAAGAAAGAAAGAUCAAGACAUAAAAAUUUCAGGAGAAAAUUGGGGUGGCCAAUCUACUAUAGAAACGGAACAGCUUUUCACUCUAAGAUACUAUAUGUCGCUUUUAUUUUGGUUAUUACGGUAGAUUUCUGGCGGAAGGGAGUGGGCAGGGAUAUGUAAAUAAAGUGAGGCGUCCGGGUGGGACAGCCAGCUCGUAAGUGAGUGGAGCAUUCUGGGAGGAAUUAGCCUUUUUUUUUUUGACGCUAAAUGCAAAAAUAUAUUUUAUAACAUCUGCAAAUAAAUGUAGCAACAGAAAUGGAAGAACCUAGAUAGCUUUAGGUUGCUCGGGCUAACGUGUUGGGUUCUCACCCUCGAUCAUAGUGGAAUCUUUUUACCAGAGUACGGAAUGCCCCACGAUAUUCAGUAUCGUCAGGUAGGAUAAUCCUUACCUGUUUCUCCUUGUGGAGAACAGAAUGGAAUAUGAUGAUUGGAGCUCGCAUGAUUUCGUGAUUAACGGCUGUGCGUAAUCGGGACUUGCAACAUCCUGAUUGCUCCUUUCUGAUUCUUUCUGACGAUCGUAAUUUCCAGUGUGUGUGUGUUGUGGAUAGAGACUAACUGCUUGUAGAGCUGUGGUGAACUUACUGAAAAGUAGUGUUAGAGUUCAGAAUCCGCGGUUUUGUUUAUAUCGUGAUUAAAAUAGUUUAAGGUUUGUUAACGUUUUCUUUUAAACAGAAAAAGCUUAAGAAAUUUUUUUUUGUAGUGGUUGUAUGGUGGUAAUUCUUAAACAUAUAUUAAGUUUUAUGAUAGUGAGUGUUGGUUAAUGUUACUUUCUAAAGUUUUAAUGACGUGUUACAUGUGUUUUUGGUUUUUCUGAAAAGUGGGUUUGUAUGUCUGUUUUUUGUCUUGUACUGAAAGCAUUGGUAUCAGAGCUUUCGUUUUGCUGUUUGUGAUACUUUUCUUGUAUUAGACCUACCACGCAAAAACUGGGCGAAGCUCUUGUUUUCAGUUAGUAGUUUGGAAAGAGGACCGCGUUUGUGCUUGAUAGCUUAUACCGAGAGUACGUUUAAAAAGAAAAUAUGGAAGCGCAGUAUUUGGAGUUGCAAAAAGCACAGGAGUCGAAGGUUUUAUUUUAUCACAGGAUGAGUGCUUCUGAGGUUACGUUUUUCCAGAGAAUGUUUGUUGUAUGUUGGGAAGGCUUUUUUUGGGUACGUUUCAGUUUUAAAGGGUGGAGUCCAGGUCAUUCUAAACAAGCACAAAGCCGUGCACGGAGGUGCUUUCUGGUGAUGUUCCGAAAGUGAUACCUAUACGUAGACAAUCUUUUUCCUAGUUCUCUCUGUUUUCUGAUAGUGC